UCGGCUAUGGCAGGGUAGUCAUUGUGCAGCAGUUUUCUGGCGGUGGGGGAAAAGAGGUAGAAGCAGCCGCAGCUCCUCGUUGCUGACAGGUUGACUGAAGGAUGCCUACUGUAUGUCUGUGAGAGAAAUGUAUGUGUGUGUGUGUGUGUGWGAGAGAGAGAGGGAGAGUCUSGAACUGUGUGCAUGUAGAAGCUGCAUGAGUCGCAACCGGAGCUGCCACUGCUGCUGCUGAAUAAUGCAGACAGAGGAGUUUGGAUAGCAUGCAARGAGCCAGAUUAAUAAUGCAUCGUGCCGGUUACGAGGUCUGCUUUAGUUWGGUCAUUUUUUAAGAACCUGUAGCUGCCCACCUGCCUGCCUGACAUAGACUUUGCUGCUUACCUUUCUGCCUGCCUGGGGGUCUGACUUACCCAGAAAAUGUCUCACUACCAUUUCAUCAAAUGCUGUUGUUUCCAGCUAUGUAACGUUUUCCGUCAGAACAUGGAGAUAGACCAGUGUCUGCUGGAGUCUCUCCCCACUGGCCAGCGCCAGCGGCUGGUCAGAAGAAUGCGCUGUGACCAAAUAAGGGCAUACUAUGAGAGGGAAAAGAACCUUCAGCGACAACAAAGUGGGAUCAAAAGUCGAGCCCCAUCCACCCACGGCAGGAAGCACCGUGUCCGUUUCCGGCUCGCUGAGGUUUUACAAGAUGCCAUCAUUCGCCAUGAUGACAAAGAAGGCCGGAGUAAAUGUUCUUCUGCAGGACAUCAAUGGAAACAUCCCUCUUGACUAUGCCUUUGAGGGAACAGAGACCAGCUACAUUCUUCGAAAACACCUGGAAGAAAAUGGUGUAGAUGUUGCCUCCAUUCACACCAUGAAGACACAGAGAGCCACCACCAUGAUGUCUGAUGUUAAAUUGCUGGUAGCAUCARGGGGAAGCUUCAACCAGGUCAAUGAUGACGGCGUGACUCUGCUCCACAUUGCUUGUGCCAGUGGUUACAGAGAGGUGGUGUCUGUCUUACUGGAGAAUGGAUCGGACCCUCAUCCAUCUGAUAAUGUCUUUUGGACCCCACUUCAUUUGGCUGCUAAAUAUGGGCAGACAAGCAUUGUUAACAAGCUCCUAAGGCAUGGGGCGAACCCAACUCUACUGAACUGCAACCAAGACAAGCCAUCUGAUAUUGCAGCAACGGAGCCGAUAGCAGAAAUGCUUUUGAAUGCAGAGGACAGCUGGCUGCAGAGACUAAAGGACCCCUCCACGCCUCUUCCUACCACCGACCAAAGCUAUGAUGGAGGUUCUCACGAUGUCGUCACUCCUCUCAAGAGCUUAAACCCCCUGGGUCUUCCAAUCUCUAAGCGGGACAGCCUGUUGGAGAAAUGUACCAUGUUCAGAGAGACAGGUGGAGCACUCAGUCGACAGUCCUCUCAGGAUAAUGGCCUAGAUAGCCCCUUGAGUUCUGGACCCAGUAAACUGGAGCAGGUUAAGCUGAUGCCCCCAGCCCCCAAUGAUGACCUUGCAUCCCUCAGCGAGCUGACCGACAGCAGCCUGCUCUAUGAGAUGCAGAAGCGCUUUGGCAAUGACCAAAUCUAUACUUACAUUGGGCAUAUCCUUUUACUGGUCAAUCCAAACAAAGAGCUCCCCAUCUAUUCUUCUUUGGUGAGUCAGUUGUACCUGAGCUCCACUGGUCGCCUGUGCUCUUCUCUGCCACCUCACAUCUUCUCUUCUGCUGAGAGAGCGUACCACAUGAUGAAGCAGGAGCGACGCCCUCAGUGUUUUAUCUUGAGUGGUGAGAGUGGUUCUGGGAAAACAGAGGCAUGUAAGCAUAUCGUGAGACACUUGACAGCCCGCUCCAGCUCCAAAGGCUUUGGGCUAGAGCCCCAGAUGAAACACGUAAACUGCAUUCUGGAAGCCUUUGGUCAUGCAAAAACCCCAAGAAAUAGCAAUUCAAGCCGCUUUAUUAAGCUGUUUACCAUCCAGUACUGUGAAAAGAGGAGGACAAUACUCAGAGCUCGAGUUCACACAUACAUGCUGGAGAAGUCUCGUCUGGUCCACCGGCCUCCUCAGCAACACAACUUCAGAAUCUUCUACCUGAUGGCCGAGGGCCUUUCACCCGAAGACAAGAGUGUGCUUUACCUCAACAAUGUCCUGGCUCACAGGUAUUUAAGUGAAGGACAUCCAGGAGAGAACCCACCAGUAGCCACAGCAUCUGCCCAGAGCAGGGAACAUCUGGCUGCUGUCACACAAGCUCUGCGAGCCCUGGGAUUCAACAAACAGGAGGCCGACUCUGUGUUUACGUUGCUGUCAGCUCUGCUCCACAUUGGGGAUCUAAGUUUCACUGCGCUGACUGAGGCCAAUGCAGCCUUCCCCUCUGACCUGCAGCUCCUGGACAGAGUUGCUGGAUUGUUGCAGGUGUCCUCAAAYGACCUGAGCAUGGCCCUCACCUCAGAUGUUCAGUAUAUUAAAGGUGACGUGAUCACGCGACGUCACACUGUAGAGAUGUCAGAGCAGUACAGAGACCAGCUUUCUAAAACUAUUUAUGGACGCCUCUUCAGCUACCUGGUCAACAGAAUUAACGUCUACCUUCAAGGACAAGAUGACAGCAUUGGUGAUCCUGCAAUGGAAAUCGGAAUCCUGGACAUAUUUGGGUUUGAAGAAUUUCAAAGGAAUGAAUAUGAGCAGCUGUGCGUAAACAUGAUCAACGAACGGCUCCGGCGGUACGUCUCCGAGGUGCUCUUCCAGCACGAGCAGACCGAGUGUCUGCAGGAGGGCAUCGCCAUGGAAACGACCCAUUCCCACAACAGCCAAAGCGCUGUUCUGGAUUACUUUCUUCAGAAGCCUCAGGGACUGCUGUGUGUGUUGGACGAGGAGAGUCAGAGCCUGCGGCCUGCAGAGCAAACAUUUUACAAGAGACUGUCCACCCAGCUGGACUCGAGUCCCAUUCAUGAGCUCUCUCUCACCACCAAGGACGGCAAUGGCAACCCCCCACCCAAAGACCAAGGCCCGGCCUUCACUGUCUGCCACUAUGCAGGACAGAUUUCAUAUGACCUCACAAGAACGCUGACAAAAAACAAGGACUCCCUCCCACAGAAUCUGCAGCUCACAAUGAAGUCCAGUGAAAGCGUGUUAAUGCAGCAGCUCUUCCAGUCCAAGCUGACUCAGACUGGUUCUCUGGUGCCAGCAGCCCAGAGCCACAUAGGGCUGAGAGGGACUAAAGCUGCCUUAUUGUUCCAAAAGAUGCCAUCAGCAUCCUCCAUCAAUGCCACUUCUGUCCCGCAACAGCCUCGGAGGUACCAUGAUCUCACAAAGAUCUUGAAGAAAAAAGGCUCAAGUUCUUUCCUCCAGCGACUAGAGCGCUGCGGGCCCAUCACAGUGGGUGUCCAGCUGAGGAACUCGCUGUCAGAGAUGAUGAGUAAACUGCAGAAUUGCACCCCUCACUUUGUGGAGUGUGUGCGCCCCAACUCCAGCGGUCAGCCUGACACGUUUGACAGCUCCCAUGUGUCCACCCAGCUGCAGUACAUCGGUGUGCUCGACAUGGUGCACGUGAUCCGUUAUGGAUACCCCGUCCGCCUGUCCUUCUCCAGCUUCCUCAGCAGAUACAAAGACCUUGUGAUCCCAACUUUGGGAGACAAGAAGAAACUGUCAAYAGAGGAGAAGUGUCGCUUAGUGCUUCAGCAAUCAAAGCUCCAAGGAUGGCAGAUGGGCCGUAGUAAAGUGUUUCUGAGAUACUGGCAGGCCGACCAGCUCAGUGAUCGCUGCUACCAGUUUCACAAAAAGAUUAUCACCUGUCAAAAAGUGGUGCGCGGUUGGUUGGCCAGACGACGAGUCAAUCACAGGCUGUCAUUGCAGCACAAAGAGAAGGGCGGCGUGCAGCGUUUCCUGCAGGGAGCAGAAGACAUGGGACUCCGAACCUACGACCAGCUGGUCAUCCAAAAUGCAUCCGACAUCGCACGAGAGAGCGACCGUCUGCGUGGCCAUUGCCUGCUCGGUACCCGCAGCAGCAGCCCACCUCUUGGUGAGAGGCCUGAGCCGGUGGGGAAAGAGGAGGAUCAGCCGGUCAGGAGAAUGGUGGAGAAAAACGGAAAAGCCCACGAGUGCCCGGCAAACAGUGGCACUCGAGUUAUUCGCCAUUAUCGCUCCAGUUCAGUGCCCAUUCCCCUCGCUGUGGAGAAUGUAGUCCACUUCUCUGCUAGUCCCCUUGUCAAACCAGCCUUGCAGCAGGCAGCCCAAAGCAGUGAUGAUGGGGCAGGCAGUGGAAACCUUUCCUCGCCUCGGAAGCAGCCACCUCCCAAACCAAAGAGGGACCCCAACACCCGCCUGAGUGCAUCCUAUGAAGCAGUCAGUGCUGGGUUGACAAUGGCUGUCAAAGAGAGCUCCACACCUGAGGGGUACAUAUCCCCGACUGGAAGUCCCCCUAAAUCCCAGCUCUCCCCAAAUGACCCAGCAGCCUCUUCCAAACCUCGUCCCCACAGUGAUGACUAUACGACAAUGAGAAAGGUACCACCACCGAAACCUAAGCGCAGCCCCAACACUAAGCUGACAGGCUCGUAUGAGGAGAUUAACGCUGUAGCACCGCAGCUCCACCAGCUGCGGCCCGCUGAUGUAAAGCUGGCCUUGCUUUCCCGAGGUGGGGGAUUUGGAGGCCUAAUGCACAGAGCAGCCUCUAUAGAUGCUCCUCAAGGGGUAGCAUUAAGCUUAUUCAAAGGACACGAUGAAGAGGAUGUAUACAUUGAGAUGCUAGGUUCUCAGCAGCGUGCUCUGAGCCUCCAGGAGCCCCCUGAUAGCCCAGAGCAGGUAGACUCAGAAGCUGUCUAUGAGGAAAUGAAGUAUCUCCCUCCUGAAGAAGGUGGAACACCUCCCACAGCAGUGACGAAGGCAGCCAAACUGCAGACUCUAACCCUGGGCCUGGUGGGRUUUGGGAUAUCUCCUCCAAAACAUGGAGAAGCCAAACAAACAUCAAUUGGGGUGAGUGCUGCCGUGGACGUUAUUCUCACGCAGAACAAAACCCAACAUGGCAAAGACGGCAGUUGUGACAUCCCUGCUCCUUUCCCCAACCUGCUCCCCCACCGCCCACCUCUCCUGGUGUUCCCCCCCUCACCUGUCACCUGCUCUCCUGCUUCAGAUGAAUCACCCCUGACCCCACUCGAAGUGAAGAAGCUGCCCGUGUUUGAGACUAAYCUGAACUACGCCACGGGCCCAGACAGCCCCCUGUCCCCACAGUUUGCUCGCCAAAGGGCUGACUCCUCCCCUAGUCUCACUGYCCUUGUACCAGAAAAGAAGUCUACGCCUCCACUCACUCCUCCACCUCCACCCCCUCCCCCAAGUGCUCCACCUCCUCCCUACAGACCCCCAUCACACUUCCCCUUCCCACCUGAGGCCAGCUUCCUGACUCGGGCAGCAUCUGUCACUGGGAGCUCAGAUUCUGCCAAAACCUCCUCGCAAAGGGCGGGUGGGGAGCCACUGGGGAAGCCCCCUCCCUACUCACCUGUGAAGAUGUCUCGUCCCGAGCCACGGAGGGCCCACUCCUGCUCAUCGUCCCCCCUGCUUUUUAACCCAGCCAAUGGUAGACCACUGACCAGCCCUCUGGAUGAACUCAACACUCUGUUCAGCUCCGGACGCAGCCUGUUGAGGAAGUCAACGCCUGGCCGCAAGGCAAGAGAAGGAGGGUUCAAUUCUAAUAURAAUCUGCCAGGGAAAGAAGACUGUGGCUCCGCGCCCACAUCACCUUCUCUGCAGCUGCAAGACAAGAACGCCAACAACCACUCUCUUCACUCCCCGAGCCCUGUUCCUGUAGAGAACGGCAACCAGAUCUCCAAUGGGUCUAUGGAAGAUGAGACUCACAUCAAGUCAAAUUCCAGCACCUCCUCCCUACACAGACACAUGGACAGUCAUCACACUCAGGUGUUCCAGCGACUACAUCUGUCCAACAGGGAUGAGAGUGCCGCCCUCAGGGAGCUUGUGCGCUGGCGGCAAGUGCAGUGUGAGGGGCGGAGCGACUGCAAACGCCGCCCGCCUCAGUCUUCACCCCUGCCCCCCACGCUGGUCUGGACCAAACGGAAAGCCUCUCCGUGACAGGAGACGUUACCGAAGUUCCUCCCUUCAACACUUGAUCCUCACUUUUAUACAACAUUUUUAACACCUCCCAACCCUGAGASCCCACGGGCUGCGCCGACGCCCCGAGCAAGCAUGACCCUGACCACUGGGCUGAGGGUCUUCCCUCUCAUCUUUGCACUUCGUGUGGAAGAUGCUCCAACACAACAACGACUGAACCCAGCCGACAUGACACUGAUGAAAAACAACAACAAAAGAUGAAUGCAUGACAUGUUUUAUUUAAAAAUAGAAGUGUAUCAAAUUGAACUGUUAUGACAUGAUUUAUUUAUUUAUAGUUUGUCUGAGAAGAUAAAAAAAAUGAUGUUCAUUUAUGGGAGGCCUCUUAUCUGAAUCCAGGCCGAUCGUGAUACGAUGCUGCAAAUGAGUUUCCUCCUCGCAACCUGGUGCUGAGAAAUACUUGACUUACUGUCUUGUGAUAUGUGGACUUAAAAAGUUUACAAGCAAACCAACGCCAUUAGAGACCUCCAUUUUUUUUCUAACAUCGUUGAAGCUGGCUUAUGGGGCUCUUAAGUGCAACUGCAGUCAUGGCAACAAGCUACCAGGGGUCAAAAUAACCUCAGUUGUAUCCCAAGAUGCACUUCUCUCCCUCCAUGUUACUACCAGCCUUCAAGAAAACAAAAMCCCCUUUCGGCCAAAUUCCCAGCYACUGCACUUACCUUUACUGUUUGAAACAGGAAGUGCUGAAGGUAAAGCUGAAAUGACAGCCUUCAGCAGACAGGUAUGUCGUUUUUUUGUUGUGAACACUAUGUGCCAAAGUGAAAAAUCAACACUAAAGUGUAGAAAGUAAAGCAUAUAUAAAGAAACGAAAGAUUUCAGUUGAGCGGCGACUUUGAGAACUGAUCGGAAAAACAUGUAAAUAAAAGAAAAACAAUAUGUAUUUCUAAAGUAGCAACUAAAUCCUCWUUGUGUCAUUAAUUUAGGUGAAGUCGGGUCUGGACAUCUUAAGCUGAAGCCCCCAUUUUUUUUUUCUCUACAUGAUUUGAGACAGGAGGGAAAUUUAAAAGCAGAUUUGUUUUAGAUGGAAAUCUGCAGUUUGUCUCUGUGUUGGACCCCUGCCUCAUACCCAUACUGCUGGGGACAAGCAAACAGCUGCCCCACCACUCAGAAAGGAAAAAGUGGGUAAAGAAAAUAAAAAGACAAUUCUGCGUAGAUUGGUUUGUCGCUGAUUUCUCUGACCUUAUUUCUGUUAUCUCRAGAUAACAAAGCUCAUCUUUUAGCAGAAGUUUAAGAAACAUGUUUAUUUUUCUUGAUGCCAACAAUUUAUCUAAAAAGACAAGUUUUUUGUUUCAGCAUUACUGCAAGAUAAAAUUGGUGAGUGAGUGCUCCCAACAGUGUCAAUCUGCAUGUUUGUAAAUUUGCUGAAAGCUCUGAGAUGUGACAGUUUCCAUUUAAAUUAGCACAACUGCCCUGAUUGCUGAUGAAAAAAAUGAAAUCAUUUUGUUUAUUUUUAGCAGUAUUUUUUUUAGUUAUCGCAAGAAAACAAAGGAUUCUAGGUCGUGAUAACUAAACAUUAAGUUUUUAUCUUGUGAGAAGAAGCUUAGUUUUCUUAAAAUGGUGACACAAUUAUUGUUAUCACUAUAAAAUGAGAUUUGUUAUCAGAUACUUUUUUCCCAGAAAUAAUGUCAUGAAAAUGAAUUGCUAUGUCCUCUCUCAGCUAUUGUAAAACAGUAUUUCUGUGUACCACCUGACACAAACCUCAAUAUGUCUGAUAUCUUUGUAGUUUGUUUAUUCAACAGUUUGACUCACCCUUUCUAAACUAUUUUGCAGACAAAAUUUAUGAAAGCAUCCUUUUUAUUCAACACCAAGGCCGUUUAUUUAAAGCUACUGUAACAGACUGACAGUCUUGGGAAAUUUCCGUGUUGUGAAUGAAUAGAAGAAUAAACGGGGAAAAAAACAUGUAAUUUCAGAAUCAAACCAAAUCAGAUGACAUAAAACAUGUUAAAUUGAAUUUAAUUUUGGUUCUUUGAUGACCACUUCCUUUGUACUGGCAGGAAAAUGGAACAGAGAACACCACAA